CACGCUUUCAUACACCCACUUAUACGGAAAUCAGGGAUCAUGAGUUGACACACGAGUCUUUGUACACUCUGCCUUCGAUCGACCUUUUAUUUUGCCUAGAACUAGGCACACGGCUGGAGGCGUCAAUUGCCAUUGCUGUCCCACUCCUCCAGCCUGGACGUCGCCGCUGUCUCAAUCGAGUCAUCUCAUUACAGCGUAGCUGGACUGGACUCGAGUAACAACCGCCUAUUACAGUUACUCCUCCGCCACGUACUCUUCGACUCGCUGAUCUUUUGGAAAGCAAUCACUUUAUGCUUUUCGUUAGUUCCCCCCUUCCUAUUCCAUUGGAAAGCAAUCUCUUGCUGUCAUUGUGACUACAAGUCGCAUCAGCACUCGCCAACAUGUCUUCGUUCUUCAAGCCGAAUAAGACGAAAAAGACUGGCUUUGUCAUCAAGCCCAAGGGAGCAGCUACCGAUCGCCUUCGCGAUGCGAUGAUGCGAAUCGACAAGGAGACGAACAACAGCAUGCGAUCUACUCCUGGCCCUGAAUCUAGUAAUGCCCCCUCAUCACGUCGUCGCAAUUGUCCGAACACGCAAUGUACGGACCCUUACGCCCCCGUCCAGGAUGGCUACUGUUCUGCCUGUGGCCGCGAGAUUGAUACCUCCAACAUUGUCUCGGAGGUUCAAUUUGGAGAAACUUCGUCCGGUGCUGCCAUGGUCCAAGGAAGCUUUGUCGCCGCUGAUCAAGGUACCACCAGGAAUAUGGGUCCCGGAAUGCGACGCAUUGGGGGCAUGAUGAGUGAUACCCGUGAGAAAACCAUACGUGAGGCCAAAAUGCGCAUGCAGUCAUUUGCGCAACAAUUACGCCUGAGCGACAAUGUCGUCAAUGAAGCCGUACAGAUCUUCAAGCUUUGUCUCGGUGCAAACUGGAUCCAAGGCCGUGGACUGGACAAGGUGAUCCCCGUCUGCUUUUUUGCCGCAUGCCGGAGACAAGAUCAUUGCCGAGUCAUGAUGAUUGACAUGGCGGAUUUGGUCAAGAUCAAUGUAUUCGAGAUUGGUCACGUAUGGAAGCAACUCGAUGAAAUCUAUGAUUUCGGCCAGAAUCAGAUCAAAGGAAUCAUGCCCGAAGACUUGAUUUACCGGUUUGCUGAGAAGCUCGAUUUUGGUGAUAUGACCAACGAGGUUGCCACGCUUGGCACCAGAUAUUGCCAGCGCAUGGGUCUUGAUUGGAUGGUCACAGGCCGGCGGCCUUCCGGUAUUUGCGGCGCCUGCCUUCUGAUGGCUGCUAGGCAAUGUGGCUUCCGCCGAUCAUCCCGCGAAGUAGUCUACGUGGUUAAGGUUACCAUGGCCACCAUAGAGCAACGCCUCGAAGAGUUUCGCAACGUCGGGACGGCUGAUCUUACCGUCGAAGACUUCUUGAAGCAGGAGCUUCUUGAAACACGUCAUGACCCUCCGGCAUUCUACAAACACUCUGCUGAGUGGCAGGAAAAGGAGGUCAAGGAGAGGGAGAAGAGUGGUAGGAAGCGGAGGCGCGUCGAGGACAUCGACGAGAACGAGGAGCAAGGUGGUGGAGAGGGCACGUCUAACGGACAUUCUUCCAGUCCGCGUGCCACACCUGUCGCAACCGCCGCCUCUCGAGAGAUGCCGCCGCCCCCACUUCCUCCACCUGACACCUCAAAGAUGCGUCAAGUCUCGGAGUUCCUGAAGAAGUCCGCCGAUCCAGAGACUGGUGCGCAGAUGGUUGAGGCCUUCGAUCCAAAUAUCGUGCCUCCCCGGCCUCCCAGAGUCACCCAAGAAGUUGCGGAAGGGCUAGAUGCCGACGAUCCAACCGGUGAAGAAGCGGUUGAUCACCUUGCAGAAACAUACGCCGAGGGUCAAGAAGAGGAAGCGGGAGGCGCAGAGGAAGAAUCCAGCCAACCGAAGAAGAAGGGUCGACGAAAGCGCAGAAAGGGUCCCCAAGAGCCGGUGCUACGCUUCACCGAAGAGUGGGUGGCUGACGAGGAAGAUCUCGAAAAGCAGAUCGAAGAGGUCAUCAGCGAUCCUAGCAGCAGCGAACAUUCAAAAGCCUUAGCCACAGCCGCCCACCUUGCUCAUAUCAAGGCCAUGUGGGCCCGCUCGCUACUCCCAGACCGCGAGAUCAGCAUGGAGGAGAUCAUUGACCCAUCCGAGUUUGCAGAUGACCCUGAGGUUGAGAACUGCAAGCUCAGCCCCGAGGAAGCUGACAUCAAGGAAGUAAUUUGGCUCAAUACCAACAAGGACUGGCUACGUAAGCAGCAGGAGAAGGAGUUUCGCAAGCAGAUGGAGGAGCUUGGUCCUCCGAAGAAGCGCCGCAAUCGCAUCAAGAGGCCUAGAAUUGGCGAGGGUCAGCUAACACCUGCCAGCACACCUGGUGAAGCAGCCGUCAAUGCUAUGAAGAAGUUUGCUAUGAGCAAGCGUAUUAACUUUGAUGCUAUCAGCGGGCUGUUUCAAAACACCAAGGGACCCGGGAGUGCAGUUGGGAGUUCGCAGCCUGCAAGCGAAUUCGGUGAGAGCGAAGUCGCAAGUAAUGAACAAGGAGCUUCUCGAUCUGCGAGGAAUGCUCAAGGCGAAGAUGAACCCCAAGAGGGCGAGCAAGAAGACGAUGUUCAGGAGGAAGAGGAGCCUUUCGACCAAUAUGAAAAUGAUGAAUGGGGCAAGGCUGAUGAAGUGUACGAUGAAGAGGAUGACAACGUGCGAUUCGACGAGGAGGAUCAGUGGGAAUAGAAGAAUCGCGGUUGUAACCACAUUAGUCUCACAGGCUGAGGUCAAAGAAGCCUCUGUCAUAAUAGAUCGGGAAAGGGCCAUGCAUUACGUGGCACACGGUGUUUAUAUUUGCCAUCAUAGGAAUAGCAUGUAGAGUAGAAAAGCAAACGGAC